GUUCGCCCCCGAUAUAAUUUCGCCUGUCCGAUGUCGCCGCGCAAACAUGAUACAAUGAUAGAGGCAGUCCCAUUUGCCAUUUGAUCGACGAAUGGUUCUUUUGAUGCGCGCAAAGAAGUCUGAGGUUUAUGCGGGGUCUGAAAUUCUCAUACAUAAAGCCAGGAACAUAGUUUUACGACUUGGAUUUCUAGUUUUUCCUCUUCCACUCUGACCAUGGACGCGUCGUCACCUCAGGCCUAUGACCAUGUGUCGUUCCAACUUUUCGCUCUCUCUCCUUCAGUGGAUCCCAAGGCGAAUGGACGGAUGUUACCUCAGAACCAAUCCUGUCCUUACUGUCCCGCCAAGUAUAGCAGACCAACCCAUCUGCAUAGACAUAUCCGUUCUCACACUCACAAACGCGUUCAUAAGUGCACGAUGUGUGACUCCCAGUUUGUUAGGCGUGAUGUAUUGAACAGGCAUAUGAAGACGUGCGGGGGCUCGCUCGCAGCCAAUCGCUCAAAGAGAAAGGCCUGUCAGUCCUGCGUCCAGUCUCGAGUAAAGUGCGACCGGCAUCUCCAAGAUCCCUGUUCAAGAUGUAUUACCCGCGGCAAAAAAUGCAUCUUCAUCAGCGAUACUACCGGAGGACGAGAAAACGACAUCACGCACGCAUUUGAUAGCUCAGGAACACUGUCAUCGUCAUCCUCCUCCCCCCCAGCUUGCUCGCCCUUCUUUUCAGUCUCUGAAGAUACGUCUAACGCGAGUUCACCAUCUUCGCUUGAUACGCCUCCAGAUUGGGAUCUGGACGACAUCCUAGGGUUGCCUAUAUCUCAAAAUGAGGAAACCAACAAUGAAUGCGGAUGGGAAGCCUUUCUUGACAAGUUAUACUCUCCCUCUUAUGACUCUUCCUGUGCGAUUGCACUCAGAAACGACUACUCUGAUUUGGAUUUUUUGUUGAACUUUGUACCAACAAGUUUCGAGUACGAUAACACUGAUUCCACACUCUUUCUCGGACCCCCGCCGAUUGCCGAUCCUACAUCUGUCGACCUUGAUGUUGACAAACGGAGAUACCUUUGUCUGUUUUUCACCGACUUUUGUAAACAGUUUCCCCUUAUGCAUCAAGCGACAUGGAACAUAGAAGGAAAACCUCCUGUCCUCGUUCGCGCCAUGCAAGCAUGCGGGGCUCUCUUUGUCAAAACACGACAAGCUGCAGAGUUUAUCGAAGAAACUUUAGAUUCGCGCAAUUUGCUUUUACAAGAAUUUGCUUCAUGCAGCCCGAAAGAUCGGGUCUUUGUGAUACUUGCGGUUGUUUUAUUGCAAACUCUUGGCCUGUUUCACCAGCGGCCGGAGACACGCGUUGCAAGUAGCGUUUACCACGGGAUGUUGGUGAUGAUGAUCCACCAGUCGGGAUUGAUCGCUCAGGAACGCUCUUGGGUCGUACCUAAUAUUGAAGAUGACCUCUCCUUAGAGCAGUCGUGGAUGGAAUGGGCCUCGCACGAGACUGCCAAGAGGGCACUGCUGCUUUCAUAUCUUCACGACUGCUGCUACUCGAUAUAUUUUUCAAAACAAUCCUCCUUCCGUACAACUGAGUUUGAUAUUCAUCUGCCAUGCGAUGAGGAAUUGUGGAAUGCACAGAACCCUGUCGAAUGGCUCUCAGUGCUUCAAGCCGCCUCGCUAUGCGGCGUAGACUCAACGAUGCUGCGGGGGACCGGUUUCCAGCAGGCCCUGACGCACCUUACCGAGGCUCCACGUAUACCAUUCUCCAUCGAUGACCCAUGCCCGUCCCCGCUGAAUUCAUUUUCCUUAUCUAUCCUAAUCCAUGUCAUUUUACGGGACGUGCUUUCACGAUGCGCCCCCAGCGAUCGCACCCUGUACUCACUCCAUAAUUGGUUCCAGCUGUGGAUCCAGACCCCCGUACCGGCUAGGCUGGGCCAGGAAUCUCCGCUGAUUCAGAAUCCGCUGCCUUAUUAUUGGUUAGUGCAGGUCCUGCUGGUUGCUAUUGACGAGGGUGGUCCGGAGUGGGUGGCGGAUACGUCCCGGUCCGGAAAGAGAUAUCCACUCUUGAAGGAGUGGCUGGAACGCAUACGGUUCUUCUUACGGCAGAGCCAUGAUAUUCCUGUGCGUCUGUGGGGGGAGUUGAUGGUUGUUCGUUCGUGCCAGGCCUUAGAGGUUGAGUUCGACGAUUUGUCGAAUCGGGAAGCUGGCUUAGAUCAACCCAACGGUCUACUGUCCUUCUUCGCAAUUCAGUGAAUACUUCUAUUUAUCUUUCCGUUUAUAGGUAUCUUGACGCGGUUUACUUAUUUCAUUAAUUAGCUUAUAGCCCAUUUGUACAUUAACAUAUAAAGAUAGA